CCAACCAAUCAAACAACACUUCAAUUUUAACUCAGGAAAGACACUUCCUUCUUUUUCUCUGCCCUAAAAGGACAUUUUUAACAGACGAGCGAGCUUUAAUUUGUGCCUGCUGCUAUCCGACUUCUCACCGGAAGCCUUUUUUUAUCUGUUUUGUGGACUUUUGGAGCCACAGCUGCCUCUCCAACAGCUGUUUGAUGGGAACCCCGGAGGAAGAGAGAGAUUGGGUGAAUGUGGCCAAUGAUCUACUGGUCAGGUGUCACAUAGGAGCACAGAGGUUGACUAAACUCACAGACUGCGACGCUAAUGUCUUUGUGUGUUUGUAUGAGAACAUCCUGAGAGAGAAAGUUCCAGAUUAUAUUUCCACACCCAGCAGUCAGGAGGACGACAUACAUAAUGUGCAGAGUGUGAUUGACUCCCUGUCGCUGGAUUAUCUUCAGAUCAGCCUUUCGCAUAUCACAGGAGAAAAUAUCAUCCAGGGAGACCAAGAGUCAAUCAAGAACCUAUUGGAUAUCUUUGAUGGCCUGUUGGAAUAUCUCAGUGAGGGGAUAAGUGAGAGCUCCCACAAUGAUGAAUCAGGGCUAUGUAAUGGUGGUCUCCGAGAGGAAUUUCCCAGUGAAAGUGAGGAGGCGACCAACAGCCAUGCUAUCAAGAACAUGGACAUUACCAUGGAGGGAACUUCUUUGUCCUCUGAUGGAGGAGUGUCCGCCCCGGUGUCAAGUAAGAGUUCGGAAAAUUCUGGUAAAAGUUUGGAAUAUUCUAGUAAAAGUGAAAGGAUGGAAUCAGCCUGUGAACUCCUAGGGUUCGGAGUUUCAGCGCUCACAUUCACAGACCGUCAAGAAGAACCAUCUGUCCAACCGCAAACUACGGAGAUCAUUGCCACGUCUGCUUUCUCAGAAGACCCGGGUGCACUUUUGAGUGUAGCGCUGCACUCUGCCAUCGCUCUGCACCCACCCGCUCAGAGCGACUCUCCACACCUGCAGCCACCAACAGCUGCCACCAUCCCGACCCAGAGCCACACCUCUACAGCUGGAGAUGAGAGAAUAGACUGCAAUGGACUGCACUCUCCUGCUCGGAGUGAAAGAGAUUCAUCUAUCCAGGAAAGGAGCAACUUAAAGGGAGAAACACUGGAGCCCACUAAUGGAGGCCCCAGGAGGGUUUUAUUCCACACGCAGCCAGAUGUGCUCCUCCUCUCGCUGCAGAAUGAGCUCCCGGCCGAGUCACCUUCCCCUCCAGACACAGACACAGAGGAAGAGGAAGAGGAAGACCUGAGUAGGGUACAGUUGGGAGGUCUGGGCGACCAGCACAAGACACUCCUCAGCAAGUUGCAAGAGGAGGAGGAAGAGGAAGACUCCAAGGAGCCACGAUCUCCUCGCAGAGAAGAAGCAGAAAAGGAACUACGUCAUAUUAAGAAAAACGUCUAUAAUCGGGUUGAGGAGCUGCAUGAUAUGCUAAAACGAGUUUCUGGAAGCAGUGGCGAGCCUGCUGCUGUCAGAAAGGAGCAGGAGACAUCCCAGCUCAGUGAACGCGUCACACAGCUUCACAGGAGUCCCCAGCAGUCCACAGAAACAGCCAACACCACCCGUCACUCCUCGUUGACCUCGCCUCCAUCAGCUCAUCACUAUGUGGAGGAGCACUCAGAAGAUGAGGAGGACGAAGCUCUGAGCCUUGAAGACAGCAGGAGAGCAGAUGUUUCUGCUGCUGCUGUGUGGCAAAGUCAGCCACUGCACCGUGGACAACACAGCCAGAGUGUCGACAGGCAGCCCUAUGAGGAGGAGUUAAGGAGAUUAAAAAGCAAAAAACGAGUAGUUGUGGACAAGGAACGACACAAAGCACAGGAAGCUGAGCGAGAAUACAGAGAGGCUAUACUAAAAGACUUUCCUACAAUGUCGCCAUCAACAACAAGGUCCUGGCGUAAGGUCAACACUCAAGCCACAUCAGGACGACUACGAAUCCCCAAGAAAAGUUCAUCAGUCAGAGUGAGGGAGAAGGAGCUCCUCCCCGUCCUCCAGGAGGAGUUACCUUACCUGCAGGUGUCCUCGCGGGAGCUGGAGCUCAUGUGGCAGCAGCAGAGGCAGCAGAUGGAACGACUCCACGCCGUCUCCUCUCACAAGCAGCACCGCGGAAAACUCUGCAAAGAGAUGGAAGAAGCCGAGCGGAAACACGACCUGCUGGUGGGGAUGGUCCACAGGCAGCAGGAGCACAGCAGGCGUCUGAGGGACUUCAAGGAGCACGCCCAGCAGCAGAAGUCCACCCAGAACCGACUGAGGGAUCAGCGUCAGCAGGUGGCCCGCGCCAGGAAGUACCACCAGGACUACCACGUCCAACACCGCGCUCGUCUCAUGAAAGCUCGCACCAAAGAAGAGAAGAUGUUUCGACAGCUCUUCCAAGAAGGUUUGGAGAUGCAGAAGAGUCGCCUGCGAGAGCAGAGGGACUACGCCACGGAGCAGAGGCAGCAGCACCACAGGCAACACCAGGACCACAUCCAGUCCAUGGAGAACUACUACAGAGACCAGUUCUCACUGCUGGCCGAGAAAGUGGCGAAUGAGCGGCAGGAGAUCCAGAUGCGCAAAAAAGCUCAAGAAAAAGUGCUGCUGAAGAUGAAGCGCGAGCUGCGUUCCAGGAUGGAGCGUGAGGUCAGCGAGCUGCAGAAGAUCAUCAUCCAGAACGACGAGGACGACUACUUCCAGGAUCUGGAGGUCCAGAGGCUGCGCAGUCGGGUCCGUAUGGCUUCCUUCCAGUACCGCAAGAACCAUCUACAGUGACCUUCAAGUCUGGAAGUCACUGAUCUGCAGUGACCUUCAAGUCUGGAACUCACUGAUCUGCAGUGACCUUCAAGUCUGGAAGUCACUGAUCUGCAGUGACCUUCAAGUCUGGAACUCACUGAUCUGCAGUGACCUUCAAGUCUGGAAGUCACUGAUCUGCGCUCUUCCUCAUAUUUGCACAGGAGGAGGAAGUAGAAGUGAAAAGCAAUCCAAUCCAAUUCUAGCUCCUCUGACUCUGUGGACCUUCUUAUUUAACGUCCCUUCCUUCGCCAAAGCAAACUUCUUCCAACGUCUUCCUGUCCAUGUGUUUACAACACCUUAUUUAUUUCUCUAACUUCCUGCUCUAACACUAAGCAGCUAAGACUAGUCCCUGGGAACAUGUCUUCAGUGUGCUCAAUGCUUUUGUUUAGGGAGGGAAAUUAACUUCUAUGAAGCUUUGGAAAUGACUAAAUGCUAUUCAAUUGUGGCUCAUGUAGCUUUUUUUUUUCCAACCAAUAAACCUCACAUGCCUAA